UCAAAGCGUGUUACAAUCAACAAAGCAAUCUGGUUUUUCCAUGUGUGCUUAUUAUAUUUUCUUAAUGUAACGUCGCAUGUGGCAUAUAUGUUGAACUAUCGAGACUAUAAAUGUGGUUUGUUUUGUUAGGGCGGUGAAAGAAGUUUUAAUAAAACGUAGUUGGUUUUGAAGCACGAGACAUGCGUAUUAAAGUAUCAUGGAAUGAAAAUAUGAAAUUCCAAUCUACGUUCCACCAAGAAUGCACAUUAAAAUUUGGUUUAAAAUGGUUAAGAUGCGAUGUCGACUCAUUUGUAACUAAGUUGGAGUCUUUUGAACGUAUUCAUACAGGUUAUAAAGAAGACGAAAUCACAAAGUUUAUAAAAACUGUGAAGGACUUCAAAGACAUGUUUUGCUGUGAUAAUCCAAGUUCGGCAAGUAAUGUACACGAGGAAAGAGUUAUUAUUUCUUCUAAUACUGAAGGCACUCAAAGAGACGAUAACAAAACUGCAGAACUGAAGAAUUUAUUAGCUGAAAGAGAAAAAGAAUUAAAAGAGCAAAGGGCCAAAAUCAUUGAAUAUGAAAAAGAACUUGAAGAAAGCACAACAAGUCAUCAGACAGACCUUAACAAUUUUCAACAAGAGCUCAGUAGGAGGCAGUUGUAUAUAAAAGAAAUAAAAGAAAGCUAUAAUAACGAGCGGCAUAAGAAGAAUUUACACAUAGCACACUUAAAACACAGGAAACUUUUAACUAUGUUAUGCAGCCUAAACGAACAGAAUAUCAGGGCCCAACAACUUUUAGAUGAAAUCAAAAAUUUACAAAUGAGGAAUUCAAGACUUUUGUCAUCACAAGAAGAAGGCGGUGUGCAAUUUAAGGAUAAAUACCUGCCAGGAAAAAUUGCAUCUUUGUUUAAAACACUGUUCAGGGAGCAUUAUAGUGAUGCACGAUACUUUCUGAAAGAAAAAAAUUGCACCGAUGAUCAAAUUUAUUAUCAUCUUGGAAAUGUGCUCUGGGGUGCUAUCGAAUUGACCAAGGAAGCAGUUAAAGAAGGACAGAUGGCUGCAAAGGAAGCUAUACUUAAAGCGCUUUCACUGAAACAUUGCGAGAAAAAUGAUGACAAGGAUUUACCGAAUCAAAUGGAAAAGGAAAUCUUUCGCAGACUUCGACAGUAUCCUAGUCGAGAAAAACAAAAAUAUAUAACUGAGAAAAUAAUGAAACGCUAUCAGUGGGCAGAUGGCAGUAACAAAAGCUUCAGACGUUAUGUGGAAGAAUGUGUUCGAGUCACGUGGUUAAUGAAUGCAAGCUCUCCACCAAUGUAUGCAUCAUUUGACGACCAAAAUGUUUGCAGUGAAAAGCACGAAGUACGGGAUGGUACUGGAGACAAGAUAAGAUAUUGGAUAUGGCCUUGCAUUUAUUUUUCAGAACAAGCCUACUGUAAUCACGAAGAUGUUUUGGUAAUGGGAGUAGUUGUCGCGGAGUAGAAGUUUAUCUUAUUUUGAUUACAGUAUUGUUCAUGAUACGAAUGUGGGUUACGGUCGAAGUAACUAAAAAUAAAAGUUUAAAUGAUUCAAAAUAAAAUCGUCUGAGCUAUUCAAAUGCGCAGAAAUUCUUUUCUUUGCCUAGGGAUAGGUUUCGUGUCAGGGCUACUGGUGUUGAUGAAGCAGAUUUCAUGUUUCAUGUUUUAAUAGAAUAAUGCUGUCCCUUAUAGAGUUCAAAUUUAUUCGCAAUUGCACUUCUUGAAAGUACAAUUUAAAAAGUUGCACUCCUUAUGGAAUGCUAAAACAGCAACAAAAAAAAGAGUUCCAUUUGUUUGCAUUUACUUUUUAUAUGUAAACACAUAUUUACUUCUUAUGUGCACUUGAAUAUAGCUAUGUUUAUUUUUAUUAAAUUUAACUGCAACAAAUGCAUCGUCCAAUCAAACUACUUUAAUGACUUUUAACUUGUUAAUUUUGUUAGUGUUUUCAGUUUUUCGCCCUUUUUCAAUUUCCUAUGAAAUUACACACAACGUCAUAUAGCUUCACAAUUAUUCUAAAAAUAUAUAUAUAAAAACUAAUUGAAUGCAUUUUAACGAAUAGUAAUAAAAUUCUUUAUUGUUGUUAAGUCAAAUUGUGUCCUGUUAUUUGGUUUAUUGUCUAGUUAAAAAUCGUAAUAGCACACUUCCUACUACCUACCCUUCUUAUCGCUUAGUUUGUGUUCGGUAAAUUUUAUAUAUGAUGGCCGUAAGAAGCACAUUUUGUUUAAUAAAAUAAACCAUGAUUUUGAACUUCUAAGAGAA